UUAAUAUGGCGGGCAAGUGGUAGGGCAAAACAGUGAUUGUCGGUGCUUUGAACCGCUUGUGAAUCCUCAGUCACCGUCAGUUUGCGGCUUUUAUUCACAGCUCUCUCAUGACGCCGACAAUAGUGUGUGAUUAUGUCACAAACUAGACAAGCUCACGACCCUCCAGUUGGCUCUCUUGCUGGCAUCGCAACACUUUCAAAUGGCUUGUCAGAUCUGCCACUGCCGUGGCUGAGCUGUGUCGAACUACAGCACGCUAGCAGCAUGCCUGGCUGCCAUGUAGCGGAAGAAGCGAUUCGUUUAUUGUCUCAAGGAGAUGAAAAGACCAACAGACAAGUUUAUGAAGCUUUACGAACACUAUCACAAAAUCCUGAUUAUCUCAUAGAGCAAACGAAAAAUGUGCUGGGAUUUAGCCCAACUGGGUUUUCUGUCAAUCCAUCUAUUUGGUCUCAAGACAGCAGUAAUAUACAUGCUCAUCAGUCAUCUGCACCUGUGUUGGACAUACUGGAAAAGUGCUCUGAUGUGGACAGCCCUAGUGCUGAUGCCAAAUCCUUGAGGCGGAGAAGAGUGUCCAUGGAUAAACAACAGUUGUUAGAGGGUAGGAUGUUUGUUGGUGCAAAGAAGAGUUUAGGAAAAGGAAAACAGGUGGAAUGCACUCACAGGAGAAGUGACAACAAGUCAUUUUACAACAGCAAGUUACCUAAUGUGACUACUAGUGAGUCAUCUGUACAUGUACGUCAUUUAGCCCAUGAGAAGCAAAGCAGGCGACUUGAUGUGCGUUUUGAGGAGCAGAAACAAUCAACGCACAAAGAAAGCAUCAUGUACAAAGUGGUUAAGAACUCAGCACUGGACAGUGAAAAUGUAACUAGAAAUGAAAAUUGUGAAAGUGCAAAACUUUCGAAUCGACUUGUGUUACGAGUGAAACGAGUUAACGCAUCUACUAGCUGCUCAAGAAAUUUGUCUGACCAACUGGCUUUCGAUUGUUUUUUAUCACUGAUGACUUCAAUACUGGGGAAUGAUGAGUCUGUGACUGGAGAAAAUGCAGACGAUUGUGACCCAUCAUCUGCAGCUGCAUUAAUUCCACUGCCUGUGCUGUCAGAACUAAGUCUAGAAGUCAUCAAACUUAGGUCAUUGAAACUUCUACACAAGGUUCAUUCUGAUAGUUUGUGUCAACUGCUUCAAACUCUUCAUCUUAAUGUGAAGGAUUCUGCUGAAUUGAAACUUGACAGUCUUCAGUCUGUGUCUUCAUCUCAAGAGUCUCGUUUAUGGCGAAGAGUGUGUUUGGAAAGGUUGCUGCGUUCAUCAGAAGCUGCUCUCAUUUGUCUCAACAUCAUCACUGCUUCAAAUGUCACCAAACAGGUUCAGCUGGAAGAAGUCAUUCAGACAGUGAUAGAAUUCACUCGCUAUCACUUGCGAAACAAUAUUUAUCCUGAGUAUGAUUUUGUUUACAGUCCAGCUGUAAAGCCAGGGCAAGGUGAUGAUCUGCAAAAGAAACGGAACAUGAAACCUGUUGAGAAAGACAUGGAUGUUUUUUACGCUAAGUUGUGUGAUGUGCUUGGAGUUGUUGCUGUACUAGCAGAUGAACAUUGCCUUCCAGAUGCAACAUUGCUACAAUUAUCAACUCUCAGUGUUAGCGCUUUCUUUGUUGACAAUGUGAGUCGUCUCCAGCUGAACUGUCUUCAAGUUGUGAGAGCAGUAUUUUCUCAUUAUGAAAAUUAUCGUGGUUUGAUCAUAGAGGAAAUAUUUACUUCUCUAUCCAAGCUGCCAAUGGCCAAAAGAAAUCUUAGACAAUACAGACUUCAUGGGGAAAAGUCUAUACAGAUGAUGGCAGCUCUUGUUCUACAGCUUGUUCAAAGUGUUGUUAUUAUUCCACACAGUCUCCCUGAGAAAGCUCUUGUGGAUGAACCUGUGGAUUCUAGCACAGUGGUUGUGACAUCAUAUGAUGUGGCAGUGAAGAUAGCUCAGACAUUUCUUUCUACUCUUAUAGCAAAGUGUGGUAGCAAAACUGAUGAAAUGGAUUAUCGUCCACUGUUAGAGUAUUUUAUUUCUGAUUUACUUACAGUUCUGAACAUGCCUGAAUGGCCUGCAGCAGAGCUGAUGCUUGCUCUUUUGGCUCGCAUUCUGGUGAACACAUUUGCUAGUGAUAGCUGUGAUGUUUCAUUGAAACACACAGCAUUGGAACAUGUUGGGACAGUAGCUGCUGCAUUAAGAAGAGAUGCUGUAGCUGAUAAAGAGCAAAAUAAAGCCUUGGUAAUGAGAGCACUAGACAAGUUGACUAAUGAAGUUGUUAUCAACAAAGAUGAGCUGCUGGUCAAUCCUGCAGAGCUGCUUGAAUCCGAUCUCAGGCUACUAGAGAAAGGGCUGCUGGACUACCUGAUGUUAAAGAGUAAAGGAGACACAGUCUUUCAGAUGGCAGCUUGCUUGUAUCUUGGCCAGUGGAUGAAAGAUAACAUGGACCAAAUAGAUCGUUGUAUUAAUACUGGCAAUAUAGAUGAUGAGACUGACAUCCAAGAUGAACUGCUGAGUACAAGCAUAGCUGAAGCAGAUGCACUGGAACAAAUUGAUCAGAGAAAAAAGUUUCUAGAAGGACUGAUGGUUAUUGUUAAGCAAGGUGUGGUGAUCAAGACAAGUGAUUCUCGGUGUCUUACUGAUGACGAGGCUGCAGCUGUAGUACAUUGCCUCUCACAAAGAAGACCAUUUAGUAGGAGUUUCAGAUAUUACCUGAAAAAGAUUUUGGAAGUUUUUCCUCAAACUACUACAGCAUUACGAGCUAAGGCAAUGAAAGCAUUAUCGACAAUAGUGGCUGCUGACCCUCGUGUUCUUGCUAUGCGAGAUGUUCAAUCAGCUGUAUAUGGUCGUUUGACUGAUCGUGCUGCUAGUGUGAGGGAAGCGGCUACUGAACUAGUUGGUAGUUUUAUUCUUUCUAGCCCAAGUCUUGCAAGGAACUACUACACAAUGCUGACUGAUAGAUUGCAGGACAGUGGAGUUAGUGUCAGAAAAAGGGUUGUUAAAGUCAUGCGAGACAUCUGUGUGCAGCAGCCAACGUUUGCCAAUGUACCACAAAUGUGUGCGCUUAUGAUCAAACGUAUUGGUGAUGAGGAAGGAAUAAAGGACUUAAUUAGCAAGGUGUUUCACGAGUUAUGGUUUUCCAAUUCCAAAGGCGGCUUAUCUGAUGCUGUGCUCAACACACGAGUGGAAUCUAUUCUUGAGACUGUGAUAGCUGCUGAUGAUAUGAAUGGUGUUUGGUUUGAGGAUCUGUUGCAAACUUUGUUGAAAGCAGAUGCAGAGUCAAAGUCAAAUGCUGUGUUAAGUUGCUGCGAGGAAAUUGUCAACUUGUUGGUACAGAAAAUGAUCGCAGUAGAAGAGACAGUUGUUUGUGAUGGUGUCAACUCAGCAGCUGGCAGAAAGUUACAAGCUUGUAGCGAGACUCUCUAUAUAUUUGCUAAGUGUGUACCUCAGUUUCUUGUGAGGCAUACGUCACAUUUACUGCCAUAUCUGAGUGAGAAGGGAACGAGUCUUGUGGAUUCAACAAUUGUCCAUUUUACUGCGUUAACUUUGGAGCUAGUUGUACCAUUAAUGGAGUCUCCAAGUGGCAAAUUCCUGGCUGGACUAGAAGAAUCUCUUUUGCAGAUCAUGAUGAGCAGAGGGCCUUCAUUGGUUGCCAGCAGUACGAAGUGUUUGGAUGUGAUUGUUAACAAUGUAACCAAGAACUACCUGUUGGUGGAGCAAUACUUUCGACAGCUACUAGACUUCAUUCAGAAAUGUAGAGCGGAAGGAACUGUUACUGCUAAGAAGAGUGAUGUUUGUCGUUCAUUGUAUGUACUGGGACUGCUUUGUAAACACUUUGAUCCAAUGAACAUGCCCACUUUCAAAAGGAAUAGCCACAAGACCAGAGACAGUGUUUAUCAUCUGUUGAUGCAAUUCACUGAAGAAGCUGACGGAGCUGUGCAAGUAAAGGCUCUUUCUGGCUUAGGCUUUCUUUGUAGACGCUACCCUGAGUUGAUGGCUGAGAAGGCCUUCCAAAAUCUCUAUUCUUGUAUCCUUAAACGUCCAGAUAUUCCUAAACUGCAGUGUCAAGUGAUGGAGAAUCUGCAUGAAUACUUUGAAGAGCAAGUUGGCAUAAGUGUGGAGGUUGAAGGCUUUGGUGAUGGUAGUGAAGGAAAAUCCAUGAGGACAAAAGAGAAAGAGAACAAAGUCAAAACUGUUGACAGAGGUGACACCAAGUCAGGGUCCUUUGCAAUGACUUGUCUCACUACCCAAAUCUGAUCUAUUCUACCUCUACCAGGCCAAAACCACACUGUUCCUCUAGCAGACAAG